CAUAGUUUCUCUCAAGAAAACACAUCUUUCACAUACACAUUUUGUUAAAGUUCAAUAGGUUUGCUCUUCCAUCCUAAUUAGAAUGUGUUUUCAAACCAUAAUAGCUCUGGUGCACUACAAUGGUCGCGUGAUGAAUGACGAGCUUCUGUCAUCACGAUUUGUGAGCGAAGUUUCACGAUAUCUUGAAGUGAAUAACUUCAUGACAGUAAAGGCUCUGAAACAAACAAUUCUUAAUUUGUUCAUUGCCUCCAAUGGAAAAUCAUACACCGUUGAUUUGUGUUACCGUUGUCCAGCGAAAACAACUGAGUUAAAGAUUUCUUAUCGUACUGUGAUGAUUGAGGAUGACGAGGAUGUAAAAUUCGUGAUUGGUUAUGCCAAAAAAUACGAACCUCACGUACAGCUUGAGGUCAUGGCAUUCAUCCGAGAAUACAUCGAAACAUCUACUGAUGUCAUUUGGGAGCACUUGGAAAAACAGCUAAGUGAUUCAUUAAACAUCGAAAAAACACCGUCAGAAAGGGGUUCUGCUAUAUGAGACGAAACCAGUG